GCGCAGGUGGUCAAUGGAACCCAGGAGCAGCUGCUGCUGCUGAGGCGGCGGUGUCGGCAGCCCGACCCCGACCGCCCGCACCCCCUCCGCGGGGGUCCCCCGGAGCUUGGAAGCUCGAAGUCUGGCUGUGGCCAUGGGAGACACGGUAGUGGAACCUGCCACCCUGAAGCCAACUUCUGAGCCCUCUCCUGGUCCAUCAGGGAAUAACGGGGGCUCCUUGCUAAGCGUCAUCAUGGAGGGGGGUGGGGAGCUAUCAGUGAUUGACCCCGAAGUGGCCCAAAAGGCCUGCCAGGAGGUGCUAGAGAAGGUCAAGCUUUUGCAUGGAGGCGUGGCCAUUUCUAGCAGAGCCACUCCACUGGAGGUGGUCAAUGGGGAUGGUGUGGACAGUGAGAUCCGCUGCCUGGACGAUCCUCCUGCCCAGAUAAGAGAGGAGGAAGAUGAGAUGGGGGUCACUGUGGCCUCGGGCACAGCCAAGGGAGCAAGAAGGCGGCGGCAGAACAACUCAGCCAAACAGUCUUGGCUGCUGAGGCUGUUUGAGUCAAAACUUGACAUCUCCAUGGCCAUUUCAUACCUGUAUAACUCCAAGGAGCCUGGAGUGCAAGCCUACAUCGGCAAUCGGCUCUUCUGCUUUUGCAAUGAGGACGUGGACUUCUAUCUGCCCCAGUUGCUUAACAUGUACAUCCACAUGGAUGAGGACGUAGGUGACGCCAUCAAGCCCUACAUAGUCCACCGAUGCCGCCAGAGCAUUAACUUUUCCCUACAGUGUGCCCUGUUGCUUGGGGCCUACUCUUCAGACAUGCACAUUUCCACUCAACGACACUCCCAUGGGACCAAGCUACGGAAGCUGAUCCUCUCAGAUGAGCUGAAGCCAGCUCACCGAAAGAGGGAGCUGCCCUCCUAGCUGUCUCCCUCUAAAAGGACUCACCAGCGCUCUAAGUCAGAUGCCACCGCCAGUAUAAGUCUCAGCAGCAACCUGAAACGAACAGCCAGCAACCCCAAAGUGGAGAAUGAGGAUGAGCCUGUCAGACUAGCUCCUGAGCGAGAAUUCAUCAAGUCCUUGAUGGCGAUCGGCAAGCGGUUGGCCACGCUCCCCACUAAGGAGCAAAAAACACAGCGGCUGAUCUCAGAGCUCUCCCUGCUUAACCAUAAGCUCCCUGCCCGAGUCUGGCUGCCCACUGCUGGCUUUGACCACCACGUGGUCCGCGUGCCCCACACCCAGGCUGUUGUCCUCAACUCCAAGGACAAGGCUCCCUACCUGAUCUAUGUGGAAGUCCUUGAAUGUGAAAACUUUGACACCACCAAUGUCCCCGCCCGGAUCCCCGAGAACCGAAUCCGGAGCACACGGUCCGUAGAGAACCUGCCCAAAUGCGGUAUCACCCAUGAGCAGCGGGCAGGCAGCUUUAGUAUUGUGCCCAACUAUGACAACGAUGAUGAGGCCUGGUCCGUGGACGACAUAGGCGAGCUGCAGGUGGAGCUCCCUGAAGUGCACACCAACAGCUGUGACAACAUCUCCCAGUUCUCUGUGGACAGCAUCACCAGCCAGGAGAGCAAGGAGCCUGUGUUCAUUGCAGCAGGGGACAUCCGACGGCGCCUUUCGGAGCAGCUGGCUCACACCCCCACAGCCUUCAAACGAGACCCAGAAGACCCUUCUGCAGUUGCUCUCAAAGAGCCCUGGCAGGAGAAAGUGCGGCGGAUCAGAGAGGGCUCUCCCUAUGGCCAUCUCCCCAAUUGGCGGCUCCUGUCAGUCAUUGUCAAGUGCAGGGAUGAUCUUCGGCAGGAGCUGCUGGCCUUCCAGGUGCUGAAACAGCUGCAGUCCAUAUGGGAACAGGAGCAAGUGCCGCUGUGGAUCAAGCCAUACAAGAUUCUUGUGAUUUCGGCUGACAGUGGCAUGAUUGAACCAGUGGUCAACGCUGUGUCCAUCCACCAGGUGAAGAAACAGUCACAGCUCUCCUUGCUCGAUUACUUCCUUCAGGAGCAUGGCAGUUACACCACUGAGGCAUUCCUCAGUGCCCAGCACAAUUUCGUGCAAAGUUGCGCUGGCUACUGUUUGGUCUGCUACCUGCUGCAAGUCAAGGACAGACACAAUGGGAACAUCCUUUUGGACGCAGAGGGCCACAUCAUCCACAUUGACUUCAGUUUCAUCCUGUCCAGCUCUCCCUGAAACCUGGGCUUUGAGACGUCAGCCUUUAAGCUGACCACAGAGUUUGUGGACGUCAUGGGCGGCCUGGAUGGUGACAUGUUCAACUACUACAGGAUGCUGAUGCUACAAGGGCUGAUUGCUGCUCGGAAACACAUGGACAAAGUGGUGCAGAUCGUGGAGAUCAUGCAGCAAGGUUCUCAGCUCCCUUGCUUCCACGGCUCCAGCACCAUCCGCAACCUCAAGUAGAGGUUCCACAUGAGCAUGACCGAGGAGCAACUGCAGCUGCUGGUGGAGCAGAUGGUGGGCGGCAGCAUGCGGUCCAUCACCACCAAGCUCUAUGAUGGCUUCCAGUACCUCACCAACGGCAUCAUGUGACACCCUCUCAGGCCCCAGCGCGGUGGGGCAUUCAGGGGACCCUCCCUGGGAGAAACCCCAAACCAGGAAACACCCACCCAUGGGAAAUGGAAGGCAAGAAAUAGAAAGGAUCAUGUGGUGACUGGAGAGCUUGCCAGGGGAGAGCCAGUUGUGGGGUCCAGGCUUGCUGGGGCUUCCCUGCCCCCUGCGGUGUCAGUAUUACCACCUGAGGGACCCCAGGACUCACUGCCUCCCAGAGGAGAGAGGUGACAAAUGUGAGGGCACUGGGCCUUUCUUCUCGCCAGGGUCCAAGAGGUUCUUUCCACAGGCCAUCUUCUUAAUCUAUUCUAGGUCCCAGGAAGGGGAAGAGUGGGUUCUUGGUACUUACAGUUUGAUCCUGUGGUUCGCCUUUAGCCAUGCUGCUGCCUGACUGUUCCUCCCAGGACUGACUCCUAGCCUGAGGUCCCCUUGGCAGGUGGGCUCUGGCACAGGGUCCUGCCCUUGCUGAGUCCCCAUCACAGAGACCACGAGGGUUAUCACAACCCCUCUCCUACAGAGGGAACUGGCCUAGCCACAGGGAAUUCCUUGCCCUGAUCCCUUCCCACAUCCAGGGAAAUAGCUCUCAAUUUUUUAAUUUUUGUUUGAAAUAAAGUCCUUAGUUAGCCAAUA